AUGUCACAGUAUAAUCAAGGACAGUAUGGAAGACCUCCACCAAAUAGUCAACAAAGUUACUCAUCUCCACCACCUAACACUUAUGGUCAACAACAAGUUUAUGGAGGGGGGCAACAACAACAAUAUCAUCCUCCACCUCAAAGUCAAUCUAGUGUUCCUCCACCAGGAGCAGAUCCUCAACUCUUUUUUUGGUUUAAAGCAGUUGAUACUGAUGGUAGUGGUUCUUUGACCACCGAAGAAUUACAGAAAGCUUUAAUCAAUGGUGAUUGGAGUCCUUUUAAUAUCGAGACUGUUCGUCUAAUGAUGAAUAUGUUUGAUACUGAUUGGAAGAAAUGUUUUCAAAGAUUUGAUACCGAUGGUUCCGGUACUAUCAAUUUUACCGAAUUGAAAACUGCCUUGAAAACCUUUGGAUAUAAUUUGAGUGAUCAAUUCAUUAGCCUCUUGAUAAAGAAAUAUGACAAACGUGGUAUUUAG